CUGAUUUGAGACCCGCCGAGGCCGCCGCCGCAAGAGCAGCUGCCGCAGCCCCUUCCCGCUGCCCUUGCCCUCCUCCCGCCGCCGCCAUCCCGCCCGCCCGCCCCGGCUCUCUCCUCCUCCCCUCCCCCCGUCCCGCUCCCUCCGCCCGCCCCGGAGACCCGCGCACCACCCGCCCUCCCUCCUCCCGCUCCCCCCCGUCCCGUCCCCUUCCCCGCCCCAGCGAGGGAGCGAACGAACGCGUGAGCGGCCGGGCCUAG